UUUCAGCUGUUCGUCUGGCCGAUCCGUUCUGUGUCGUAUUUUGAGAGUUUCUCAGUCUGUGGAGGGUUUUUCCGUCAACUUUUGGGUGAGACUUCGAUCCCCAGGUGCGCUGCGGAGAUUCAGGACGCUGUUUUGUCCACAGUAACCUGCAGAAGCAGAUUAGGUGUUAUCACCAUGGCAACAGGCAACAACAGCUCUGAUGUCGUGGGAAGCAGUUUGGAAGGGAAGUUUGCUGGCAGAGUUGCGGCAAAACCCUUUCAGUGUGAGGAGUGCUGCAGAAAGUUCAGUCUGGUGGGUCAUCUGGUGAAACACAUGCGCACUCACACAGGUAAGAAACCCUACAGGUGUGAGGAGUGCAGCAGGCAGUUCAGUAAGCUGUCAAAUCUGAAGACUCACAUGCAUACUCACACAGGCGAGAAACCCUUCAGGUGUGAGGAGUGCGGCAAGCAGUUCAGUGAGCUGGGUAACCUGAAGACACACAUACGGACUCACACAGGGGAGAAACCCUACAGGUGUGAGGAGUGUAGCAAGCGGUUCAGUCGACAGGACAAUCUUAAAACUCACAUGCGGACUCACACUGGUGAGAAACCCUACAGGUGUGAGGAGUGCAGCAGGCAGUUCAGUGUGCUGUCUAACAUGAGGGUACACAUGCGGACACACACAGAGGAGAAACCUUACAUGUGUGAGCAGUGUAGCAGGCAGUUCAAACGGCUGGGGAAUCUAAAGGGGCACAUGCGGUCUCACACAGGGGAGAAACCCUACAGGUGUCAGCUGGGGAAUCUAAAGGUACACGUGCGGACUCACACAGGGGAGAAACCCUACAGGUGUGAGGAGUGCAGCAAGCAGUUCGGUCGUCUGUGUCAUCUACAGGCUCACAUGCAUACGCACACAGGGGAGAAGCCCUACAGGUGUGAGGAGUGCAGCAAGCAGUUUAGCCAGCUGGGUCAUCUACAGACUCACAUGCGGACUCACACAGGUGAGAAACCCUACAGGUGUGAGGAAUGCAGCAAGCAGUUUAGUCAGCUGGGUCAUCUACAGGCCCACAUGCACACUCACACAGCUAACAAGAGGUCAGAGAGCUUCUUCGGUUCAGUCAUCCAUCUGGUGACCCUAUGA